UGAUGUUUCGUCUCCGGGAACCAUGGUGGAAAAAUGUGUCAACCUUAGAGAUAAUGACAAAAUUUUAAAGUAUAAUAUUCUUUUUAUCAAAAGUAUACAAAAAUACAAAAAAUACAGCAGAAUGAUAAAAGCAGCGCAUCCGUCUUCAACAGGAGAAAUAGAUAACGAUGGCAGCCCCAAGAAACGGGUCAUACGACCUGUCAGCAAGAGGGCACAUUCAGCCAGCCCCAUCGCGGGCCGACCGAAAAGCCCUCUUCAUCCAAAAAAAGCAGCAGAGAGAAGAUGUCAAAGUCUUUCACCUUGCAAUAAUGCGAAGAAAGCAUCCCACGAUCAAAUAGGUCCGGUUAGCGCUUCGGCGCCCGAAGGAAUCGCCCAACCGUUCUCAAAUCCAGGCAAAAGCGAACCAGAAAAAGACAUGGUCAUGCCACAAUGUGUAUUAGCAAAAGUAAUGAGAAUAUUAGCAACAAAGAAAAGGGAAUUUUUGAAAAUGCGGAAAUCAUUAGUUUCGCAACAGAACACGUUAUUGGAGAACUUCGCCCAAUUGAAGGAGUUGGAAGCUCGGGCCGGUGUCACUCAUACAGACGACAGCCUCGGCGAAGUUCGGAUCCUGUCGGUCAGCGGCUGGCCGGCGCAUGAUCUACUCCUACUCGUCCGCGAUGACCUUGAAAUGCCACUGCAUUCGGAGAUAAGUGGAAUGUUCGGCCCACACGUACUACAGCAAAUAACAGCCCAACUGAAUCCAAUUCCUGAAGAAGUAUUAGCAGUGAGCGCUGAGAUAAUGGCGAGGCGGAUAGAACUGCUGAAUCUACUACGGGGCAAGCAUCGGACGGACCGAGCUACUUACCUCACAGUUAGUAAUCAGAGGAACCUGGAAUGGAAAACGAAAAACACAGAAUUUGAUCAUGAAACUGAGAAAUUGCACAGAAUGGUAGCCGGUACAGCUGAGAAUUUAAAAGCUAAGAUUAAUUAUUCUUUGGAGCUUGCUAAAAUCCCGUGGGUGGACCGAGAGACCAUGAUGAAAAAGAUUGAACGUUUACAAAAGGAGAACAUGAUUCUGCAACACAAGUUAGAUGAAGUCGUAAAGAAAGAACCCGUCGAAGAGCCAAAAGAAGUAGGACAGUUGUCAGAUGCUUUACCUAACUAUCAGGGCAUUUCUGAAGAGCUUUCGAAAGAACGUGCGGCCCGCGAAGCGCUGAAAGAAGUAGUGGCGGCCGCUGAGAGCAUGUUGCGAGUGGCGCGCGCGCGCAUCGCCACGCUGGAGCGCCAGCUCAAGGACACGCGCGCCGAACUCGAGGCUGCGCGCAAAAAGCACAAAGACCUGGAGCAACUCGUAAACAGACUCGCACAACAUACCAAUAAGACAUAUCGUCAUCGAGAAACCAGCUACGAUGCGCGUUCAAAGAAGUUGAUUGAAGUUUCCAAAACUGGUGAAAUGACAAUAGAAACAUUGUCGCGUCAACGAGAUGCAUUGGAGCUUAGGGUAAAGGAACUUCGCGAACAGGCCGAGCAGGCGGAGCGGUCCGCUGCGGCGAAGGAGGCCGAGCAGCGCGCGCGCGCCGAGUCCCUUCAGGCGAAGGUAGCGGAGCAGGAGAAGGUUAAAGCGGCUACGGAGGGCCGCGUCAUGGAGCUAGAUGCCAAAGUCAAAGAAUUGGAAGAUCAGUUACAGUCUUUACGUGAACGUUCUGUUAGACUAGUGGAUAUGGAGCGUAGGCGCUGCCUAGAGUAUGUGCCAUCGAAAGAAAGUGAACCCUCCGAUAGGGAAACUGAGAUAUGGAAAGAGCUGCAAGUUACUCGAGUAGCGUUGUCACGUGUGGAAGAGGAACUUCGACAGAGUCGCGCGGAUAAAGAUAGCUUCUUGAACUCACUGUCUAGGAUUGCGCAAGGAGAAGGUACGGAUAACGUACAAGAGAAAAUUGCAACUGAAUUGCUGGAUAGGGAGCAAAAGAUUGUUAAAUUACAACAUAUUAUUGAAGAACAACGAGAAAACGAAAAAUUAAUGGAACAGAGUAUGACGCAAUACGAAAAUCAGUUAGCUGCCCUACGUUUAGAAGUGAAGCGGUUACGAAAUUAUGACAGUUAUGCCAAAGAAGUACCAUAUCAAGAGUUACACACAGAGCUACUGGAGUUGCAUAUGCAAGUGGAAACGCUGUCCCGGGAGCGCACGGCGCUGGUGACGGCGGCGGCCUCGCGCGCGCUUAUGCUGGAGCGGCACGAGCGCUCGGCGGACCUGUUCGCGCGCAUGAUCCGCGCCCGCCGCGACCUGGCCGCGCUGCUCGACGGCCGCACGGAACCACCGCCCCUCGACGACACUGCCCAUGCCGAGGUGUCAAGAUCGUUGUCGUCGGUGUGUGCAUCGGCGGCGGACACGUGGACGGCGCUGCGGGCGGAGCGCGCGCGCGUGCUGCGGCUGGAGAGCGCCGUGCUAGCGCAGAGCCUGCAGCUGGAGCGCGAGGGCCGCGUGCGCACGCAGCUCGAGCGGCGCCGGGCUAUGCUUGAAAGAGAAAUCUUGCGAACACAUCACGAGGGCGCCCCCGAUCCCUCUGUAUUGAAUCCAAACAAAAAUCCAAGUUUGGUAUUUUCCCAAUGUUUCUUUAUGUACCUAGGAAUAACCGUUUUCAUUGUUAACAUUCUUGCUUUUAUUACGUAACUAAACAAAUAAAACAUUUUGUAUUCCAAUAAAACGUUACUGGUAACGGAUGGUAACGGAUGAACAUAAAAGUGACGUAGAAUAGUAUCCAGAAAACAGUCUAAAGAUCUAACCAAGCUUAGCAUAUAUUAUAAUAUUAUAAUUUAAGUUUGUCAUUAAAAUCAUU